CUUUCAUUCAACAAUAAAGACUUGUAGCGCAUCGAGAAAAAGCUUAGUACUAGUAGGUAUAACUUUAUUCAUCGUCAUCGAUUCUUCAGCAGCAAGGAGCAAGGUAUAGAUAAAGAUACUGACAAUCAGCAAGAGCAUUCAACAUGUCUUCCUCCGGCGGCAUCGGUUUUACCACUCAACUUCAGGACGAGGUGGAUGAUCCUGAGUGGGUCCUCGUGAAACCCCCUUGGGCUCGUGGCGUCACCUAUCGGAGUGUAAAACGGCCACCUGGUGUCUUCGACAUCUACGAUGAGAAGAUGCAACGAGCAGGGAGAAAAUUGAUGGCGGAAGGUGGAGGUGACUCUGCUGGUGGAAACGGAGGAGGAGGAGGUGGAAACGGAGGAGGAUUCAGACUUGCUCGGUCCCUAGACGACGAUGCAGACAUCGACUUUGGCGCAGAGCAUGAUGGAAGAUGGGAAUUUUUACCAGAUGUAGAUCGUUUCGAAUACAGGCUGCCUGUGCCACCAGUGUACUACAAGUUUCUGAUCGGCAGCAAUAGGAAGACCUUGACGCGGUUGCAGCAAGAGUCAGGCGCCGAAAUUCGGAUUCCCAGUUCGAGCGGUGCGGGGAUGGGCUCAAACAGCUUGGCGGCGGCCGCAGCAGUGAGUAACACAGUGCGCAAGGAUUUGCAGGCACUGGAAGCACAAGACGUCGUGACGAUCCGCGCUCGAGACAAGAGGACGAUUUUGUCCGCUGUAGGACUGAUCGAAUACACCAUGGAGACGUGCGAGAGCAAGAUUCCGAAUACGCACUUCAUCAACAUUCCAAUAGCUGUUGGGAAAAACGCUAGUGCUGGGACUAAUGCGGCUGGUAAUGGUGUAGCUGUGGGUAGUCGUGGUGCUGUUCUUGGUGGUUCAUCAUCUUCUUCAUCUUCAACAUCGGGAGGAACUGCGUCGUCCAAGAUCCCCCCAGCCUCAUCCCCCGUCGAACGCUUCCAAAAGUUCUUAGACAGCAAGCAAGCGUUGGAGUUGAACUCACAUUAUUUUCAGAAGCCAGAAAAGUUGCAUUUCACCUUGAUCAUGCUGAAGCUGCACACAGAAGAGCAAAUUCAAAAAGUGAAGCAGAUCUGUGUCGAACUCUCGCAGGACGCGGACUUUCUGCAGUAUUGCCAGGGCUUCCGCAUGCGCUUGAGGGGCUUGCACUACAUGAAUGACGACCCCAGGCAGGUGAAUGUUCUCUAUACCGAAGACAUCCGAGAGGAAACGAGAAACGCCGUCAAUCGGAUUGCAGGCGUGCUCUUUGAUGCUUUGGUUCGUGCUGACGUGGUCACGAGAGAUUACCUAAUGCAGCAACGGCUGUUGUCCAGCGCAGGGGAUCCGGAGAUCAAGAUCCACUGCACGUUGGUGAAUACCAAGUUCUAUGCCCAGUACAUGGAGCGCAAGGGAGAAUGGUCGGCUGAGAAAGCGUUAGAGGAUCAAGAACAAGGAAGAUAUUUAAACGCAAAGCCAUUGUUGGACGCUUUUGCGGGAACAACUAGUACGGCUACAGGAGGAGGCUCUUCAACAGAACUCCAAACUGGCUUCGACUUUGGGGAAGUGGAUGUUCGAGAAAUCCACUUUUCAAACUUGUUAGAGACUAAUCGCGAGAACCGGUAUUACGAACAACUAGCAGUGUUGAAGUUGGGAGAAGACAAUCUCUUGUGAUGAACACUGUUCUUGGUACUAACUGUUUUUGGAUUCCCCUCCAAAUAUCGUCCUCUAAUAAACUAUGCCCUGAUGAUGUAUUCGUUGUUUUGAAUUCACUGACCACGCACCAGAUCAUGAAAGUUUGAUGUUUUGAGAACCGUGAAGAG